UCGUGCCCUGGACCAGGCGGCCGUGGCGCGGGUGGCGGCUGCUGUGGUGGCUGUGGGGACGGAGGCGGUGAAGUGCCAUCUUCGGCUAGGUCGUCACAGGCUUCGGCUCAUGGCAUCGAGUGGCAUCCAUCAUAAGAUCAUUAACUGAAGACAAUAUGCAAAAUUCUCACAUGGAUGAAUACAGAAAUUCUAGUAAUGGCAGCACAGGCAACAGUUCCGAGGUAGUGGUAGAACAUCCUACUGAUUUCAGUACUGAGAUUAUGAACGUCACAGAAAUGGAACAGUCACCUGAUGACUCUCCCAAUGCGAAUGCAGCUACAGAAGAAAGUGAAAUGGCAAGUGCUGUGGACCUUCCAGUGACGCUGACAGAAGCAGAAGCAAAUUUCCCUCCAGAAUAUGAAAAAUUUUGGAAAACUGUAGAAAAUAAUCCUCAGGAUUUUACAGGCUGGGUAUAUUUGCUUCAAUAUGUAGAACAGGAGAAUCACUUGAUGGCUGCCAGGAAGGCAUUUGACAGAUUUUUCAUACACUAUCCGUAUUGCUAUGGUUACUGGAAAAAGUAUGCAGACCUUGAAAAGCGGCACGACAACAUUAAACCAUCAGAUGAGGUGCGUUAAACCUCUACAGUUUGUCAAGCUUUGCAGUGCAAGCCUCUGUAUUACACUGCAGCUUAACAAGUAGGGCAGGGCUUUUCUCUCACUUACAUUUAUUUCUCAUUUUCCAAACAAUAUAGUUGGUUUGCUAGUCACAUUUGCUACGUCUUAUUGCAUUUUUGGUCAGACGCUGUCAUUGAUGCUCUAAUGGGUCUGUGCCCUAUGGUCUGUAACCCAAAGCCUGCCCACACAACCCGGUCAGAAUGCAGGGACUGCUGCGCUUUGAAGAUCAAGACUCUGCACGUGGGGAUCAGAACAUUGCCAUGUUCUAUCCAACCUCCACCCAAAUGGUUUAUCGGCGGGGGCUUCAGGCAAUACCUCUUAGUGUUGACCUUUGGAUACAUUAUAUAAACUUCUUAAAAGAAACAUUGGACCCUGGUGAUCCUGAGACAAACAAUACAAUAAGAGGAACUUUUGAGCAUGCUGUUCUAGCUGCAGGAACAGAUUUCCGUUCUGACAGACUGUGGGAAAUGUAUAUAAACUGGGAAAAUGAGCAGGGAAACCUGAGAGAAGUUACAGCUAUAUAUGAUCGUAUUCUUGGUAUUCCAACACAGCUGUAUAGUCACCAUUUUCAGAGAUUUAAAGAACAUGUACAGAAUAACUUGCCUAGAGAUCUUUUAACUGGUGAACAGUUUAUUCAGUUGCGAAGGGAAUUAGCUUCUGUAAAUGGUCAUAGUGGUGAUGAUGGUCCUCCUGGUGAUGAUCUACCAUCGGGAAUUGAAGACAUAACUGAUCCUGCGAAGCUAAUUACAGAAAUAGAAAACAUGAGACAUAGAAUCAUUGAGAUUCAUCAAGAAAUGUUUAAUUAUAAUGAGCAUGAAGUUAGUAAAAGGUGGACAUUUGAAGAAGGUAUUAAAAGACCUUACUUUCACGUGAAACCUUUGGAAAAGGCACAACUAAAAAACUGGAAAGAAUACUUAGAAUUCGAAAUUGAAAAUGGGACUCACGAACGAGUUGUGGUUCUCUUUGAAAGAUGUGUCAUAUCAUGUGCCCUCUAUGAGGAGUUUUGGAUUAAGUAUGCCAAGUACAUGGAAAACCAUAGCAUUGAAGGAGUGAGGCAUGUCUUCAGCAGAGCUUGUACUAUACAUCUCCCAAAGAAACCCAUGGUGCAUAUGCUUUGGGCAGCUUUUGAGGAACAGCAGGGUAAUAUUAAUGAAGCCAGGAAUAUCUUGAGAACAUUUGAAGAAUGUGUGCUAGGAUUGGCAAUGGUUCGUUUACGAAGAGUGAGUUUAGAACGACGGCAUGGAAAUCUGGAAGAAGCUGAACAUUUGCUUCAGGAUGCCAUUAAGAAUGCCAAAUCAAAUAAUGAAUCUUCAUUUUAUGCUGUCAAACUAGCCCGGCAUCUUUUCAAAAUACAGAAAAACCUUCCAAAAUCAAGAAAGGUGCUUUUGGAAGCAAUCGAAAGAGACAAAGAGAACACAAAGUUAUACCUCAAUUUACUUGAAAUGGAAUAUAGUGGUGACCUCAAACAAAAUGAAGAAAAUAUCCUAAAUUGUUUUGACAAAGCUGUACAUGGUUCAUUACCUAUUAAAAUGAGAAUUACAUUUUCUCAGAGAAAAGUGGAAUUUCUUGAAGAUUUUGGUUCCGAUGUUAAUAAGCUUCUGAAUGCUUAUGAUGAACAUCAAACACUCCUAAAAGAACAGGAUUCUUUAAAAAGGAAAGCAGAAAAUGGAUCAGAAGAACCAGAGGAAAAGAAAGCACAUACAGAAGAUACAACUUCAUCAUCUACACAGAUGAUUGAUGGUGAUUUACAGGCAAACCAGGCUGUAUAUAAUUAUAGUGCAUGGUAUCAAUACAAUUACCAGAAUCCUUGGAAUUAUGGACAAUAUUAUCCUCCCCCUCCAACCUGAUGGGAAAAAUGUAAAUUUCAAAUGGAGUGUGUGAAAAGUACGAAAUUAUUAUUUUUUUUAAUGAGGGAUGUAAACAGUAUAAGCUUGUUGUAUUUGAUAACCUGUCUUCCUUGUUUCUGUGUAACAUGAUUUGUUUAGUAAUAGGGGGAAAAUGUCAAUUAGUAGCUUACCACAGAUACUGUUUCCUACCAUUUAUAAAAUUUACUUUUUAUUGAAAAACUAUUUUUUGAUUUUUGCAUUAAGUGGUCUAGAAUUCUUUUGCAAUGCAUUUGCAGCAGAAUUUUGUAGCCUUAAGGGGUAGGAAGAAAAACCUGACUGCAAAUCAUGUCAGUGUAGUACAAAAUUCUGAAAAUACAUAAGGGCUGGUUAUUUACCUCCUUUUUUUUUUUUUUUUUUUUUUUUAAAAGAAGAAAGGACUUUUAACCUUUGCUGACAAGGUUUUGUCUGUUUCAGUUAUACUUGUGAAUUGUGAUCUAACUGCAGAAAGGAUACAUUAUUAAAAUACUAUGCCUUGGAAUAGAGAUUAUAAAUGAGAAAAUGGAAGGUUUGCAUCCCUUUAAAAAUGAAAAUCAUAUCAAAAGUAUGUUUCAGGAGACUUUGUAUUUAGAAUAUUCAUGUAAAACUUGUGAACAAGCUUUCAUUUUGAUCAAACUGAUCUUCAUUUUUGUAAUAAAACGGAAGACUCAUCCA